UUUGCAUAUAGAACUACUGCCCUCAGACGGUGUCCAAAAUCUUCGACGGCCGAACCCUUCGUUCGUAGAUCUCUUCUUCCUCUCUCUCAGAUUUGAGAAUCACCGUUUGCCAGUUCACUUCCUCUCUCUCAGAUCGGCGUUUUGGACGGAGUCACUGAGCUCGGCCGCUACCCACUUUUCAGCGUCGAACCAGUCUUGAUGCGGAUGGAGGAGGACAAAAAGUGAGAUGUCACUCUAGCUAUUACAUUCUGUUAUAGUCUAGAUUCUACAACAUUCCAGAUUAUUCUCUCUGUGGUGCAUUGAGUGUUCUGUGCACUUCUGCUGUCAAGUGAGGGGCAGAGCAUUGUGUUGCUGCAGCUGAGUGAGCGCAGGGCGUGACUGGAGGGCCUAACGAGUGGCGAAGAAAGUGAAGCAUUUGUGAAAGGGUAACCGAGAGUGCUCCUAAUGUCUACACAAAUUUGAAUGCUCAGCACACAACGUACUGCCUGGAGGAUCUGUCACCAACUUUGGGUGACCACAUCAUUUCUCCAUUCUUCCUGAAGGUGUAUUGCGUGCUACUAAUAUUCACUUAUCAUCUUGUGGAAUGAAAGCCUCGCCCCUCCUUCGGUUGUAGGACUCAUUUUGCCUCUGACAUACUCUCAUUCCUAAAGUAUGAUCUAUCUUGAUUUUCCUAUUCUCUUCUCUCCAUCUUUGCUUUUCUUGCUGGUACAAUAGUUAUUUCGUUGCUUCUCUACUUGCACAAAAAUCCAAAAGCCACUGGAACAAGAAUGGAGAUCGUUAUUUCAAUUGCAGCGAAAAUAGCAGAGUACACUGUUGCACCUGUUGGACAGUGGCUAUCCUAUUCAUUUCACUACAAUAGUAACAUAGAGAAUCUGAAGAAUCAGGAAAAGAAUCUGCAACAUGCUCAAGAAAGGGUGCAACAGUCUGUUGAUGAUGCUUUAAGCAAUGGUCAGAAAAUUUAUUUUGAUGUUAGCAAGUGGUUGAUAGAUGUAGAUCGUAUUACAGAAUUGGCCACCAGAAAACUUCGUGAAAUCGAAGAAGCAGGUACAAGGAGCUCUAAUGUGGCAUGCCUAAACUUGAAACAUCGACAUCAAUUAAGUCGGGAAGCAAAGAAAAUGAUGGAAAAUAUUGCCAAACUUCUUGAAUUUGGAAAUUUUGAUGGAGUUUCCUAUUUUCCUGCUUCAAAAGGAAUGAAGAUGACAAGAAAGAUGGAUUAUAUGGCCAUGGAGUCGAGAAUGAUAUUGGUGAAGGGCAUUUUGGAGGCAUUGGGAAAUGCUGAUAUUGACAAGAUUGGGUUGUGGGGGAUGCCUGGAGUUGGAAAGAGUACUCUAAUGAAAGAAAUUGCCAGACAAGCCAGGGAAGAAAAGUUAUUCACUGAGGUGGUUAUGACAGAUGUGACAAAUAACUCAGAUGUAAGGUGUAUUCAGGGAGAGAUUGCUGACAUGCUAGGUCUAAAGUUUGAUCAAGAAACUGUAAAAGGGAGAGCAAAUCAUCUGCAACAGAGGCUAUCAAAAGACAAGAAUAUACUUGUUAUCCUAGAUGAUAUAUGGAAGGCGUUUGAUUUACAGGAAAUAGGAAUUCCUUCCAAAGGAUGCAAAGUGGUAAUGACAUCCAGAUAUCGUGAUGUAUUAAUUAGUGGAAUGGGCACCCUAAAAGCUAUUCAUGAACUUAAAAUUUUAAGGAAAGAAGAAGCAUGGAACUUAUUUGAGAAGAUGGCGGGCGAUUCUGUCAAAGAUCGGCUUGAAGUGAGAGACAUAGCAACAAAGAUAGCUGAAAAGUGCGCAGGUCUUCCUAUUGCACUUGUAACAGUUUCAAAGGCAUUAAAAAAUAAGAGUUUGGUUAUAUGGAAGGAUGCCCUAAUGCAACUAACAAGACCCACUCCAGAACAUGACACAGAAAUAUGGUCACCUGUCUAUUCUUGUAUACAGCUGAGUUAUGAACAUCUUGAUGGUGAAGAGGCUGUCAAAUCGCUCUUUUUGCUUUGUGCUCGACAAGGUUACUACAUUUCCUAUCGGGACUUGUUGAGAUAUGGCUUCGGUUUGGGUUUAUUCCUUAACAUUUAUACAUUGAAAGCAGCAAGAAACAAACUAGAAAGUUUAGUUAGUAAUCUCCUAGAUUCUUGUUUGCUACUAGAAAGUCCACAUAGCUCCGAGGAAUUUUACAUGCAUGAUCUUGUUCGUGAUGUUGCUACAAUAAUUGCGUCAAAGAAUCAUAAUAUGUUUGUCAUGAGAGAUGAUGGUAGGCAAAAAGCAUGGCCAGAUGUGGAUGCACUAAAUAGAUGUGAGGCACUCUCUAUUCAUGGUGGAGAUAUCGAUAAACAUCCCACUAAAAUGGAAUGUCCUAAAUUGAGAUUCUUUGAUGUCAACUGUAAAGACUCACGUAAUUUGAAAAUCCCAGACAUUUUCUUCCAAGGGAUGGAGAAGCUCAAAGUUCUGAGUUUGAGAAAUAUACAACUUUCAUCACUUUUUCUACUUACAAACCUACAAACAUUGUGUCUAGAUGGAUGUAUGUUGGGAGAUAUUCAUGGGAUUGGAGAACUCAAGAAUUUAGUAAUUCUUAGUCUUGCUUAUUCUGACAUUUCAAAUCUGCCAAGAGAAAUAGGGUUGUUGACUCGUUUGCAGUUAUUGGAUUUGAGCAAUUGUUCCAGACUUAGAGUGAUUCCUCCUAACGUCUUGUCAAGCUUGGUCAACUUAGAAGAGUUGUAUAUGCAAAAAAUCAAUGUCCAAUGGGGGGUUGAAGGACCCAACAAUGAAGGAAUAAAUGCUAGCCUUGCAGAGCUAAAGGAAUUGUCACACUUGAUCACCAUAGAGAUAGAUAUUCCGGAUGCCAACAAUCUACCGAAAGAUUUUUUAAAUGAAAAGUUUGAGAGAUACAAAAUAUGCAUUGGAGAUAUCCGGGAUCCCUUUCUUUUGGGGGAGGCGGCCUUCUCAAGAAUGUUAAAACUCAAACUGAAUAUGAGCUUCCAAUUGGACUUUGGCAUCAAAAUGCUAUUGAAAAGGAUAGAAUAUCUUUAUUUAGACGAGUUGAACACUACUAAGAGUGUCUUAUAUGAAUUAGAUAGAGAAGAUUUUCAACAACUGAAGCAUUUCCAUAUCCAAAACAAUGUUAAUAAGAAGCUAAUCCCUGAGUUGAAGACACAGGCUGUUGCCUUUCCUAUCCUGGAGACAUUUGUUUUGAAAGAUAUGAUUAACUUGGAAGAAAUUUGUCAGGGCAAUCUUCCAUUGGAAUCUUUCAAAAACUUGAAAGUUUUAAAGGUGGAAAACUGUGAGAAAUUAAGAUUUAUCUUCUCAUCAUCUAUAGCCAGAGACCUUUCACUACUUGAAGAAUUGAACAUAAUAAGAUGCAACAACAUGGGUGCAAUAUUUGUGAAAGAAGAAGAAGACAGAAUAAAAGAUCAGGGAGAUAUGAUGUUGUUCAGUCGACUUCAAACCUUAGUGCUAAAGGAUCUUCCAAAGCUCAUGGGCUUCCUAAGCACAAAAGAUUCAUUCAUGACUGAUUGUAGAGAAACCAAUUCGGAGGGCAACCAUGAUCUUCAGCUGUCGCUUCUACAUCAUUAUCAUCAGAUUAGCUUCCCUCGUUUGAGAAAACUGCAUCUGGAAGGUCUACCCAAAAUAAAGCAUGUUUGGAGUAAAGAACCCCAGACAAUGUUCAGGUUUCAAGCUUUACAUGAUAUAUAUGUUGGGAAAUGCGAGAGCCUGACAAGUUUAUUUCCAGCCUGGGUCCUUGGAUGUCUCGAGAAAUUGAAGAAAAUUGAAAUUUAUGAUUGUAGAGUGGAGGAAAUUGUUGCAGCAGAAGAAGGAGAAGUAGUAGCAAGGACGUUGAUGUUCCCCCGAGUAACUUCCUUGAAUCUUAGAAAUUUACAAAGACUCAAGUGGUUUUACAAAGGAGUGCAUGUUUCAAAAUGGCCGAUACUGAAAGAGAUUAAAAUUGAAAGAUGCGAGGAAGUUGAGAUAUUUGCUUCAGAAGUUGUGAGCUUUGAAGAAACAGUUGAAGAGAUACAGUCAGAGAUGUCCAUCAAACAACCCCUUUUCUUGGUGGAUAAGCGCUCGUUCCCCAGCUUGGAGACGUUGCACAUUCGGAACAUGGAUAAGUUGGAAAUUAUAUUUGAAAAGCUGGAGGGGCAAAAUAGUAAAGAACCACAAGUUUCAAUAAUCUCAAGAUCGGAGAUAGAAGAAAGUGAAGCAGCCACACAUUUUGUGUCAAAUGUUAUCUUCCCUAACUUGAAAGGAUCGGAUAUGGAGGGUGAAUAUCCCGAAACAGUUUUCAAUUUUCAAAAUCUACGAGAAAUACAUGUUGUGAGAUGUGGGAGUCUAAAAAGUUUAUUUCCAAUCUCGGUCAUUAAUUGUCUCGAGCAAUUGCAAGUAGUUGAGAUUAAGGAUUGUGGGGUGGAGGAAAUUGUUGCAGUUGAAGGAGGAGGAGGAGAAGCAGUAGCAAGGAUGUUGGAGUUCCCUCAAGUAACUAAUUUGAAUCUUAUAAGUUUAAAGAGACUCAAGUGGUUUUACAAAGGAGUGCAUGUUACAAAAUGGCCGAUGCUGAAAGAGAUGGAAAUUGAAAGAUGUGAGGAAGUUGAGAUAUUUUCUUCAGGACUUGUGAGUUUUGAAGAAACAGUUGAAGAGAGGCGGUCUACUGAGAUGUCAAUCAAACAACCACUUUUCUAUGUGGAUGAGCUCUCAUUCCCUAGCUUGGAGACACUGUACAUUUCGAACAUGGAUUCGUUAGAAAUUAUAUUUGGAGAGCUGGAGGGGCAAAAUGGUAAAGAAUCACAAGUUUUAAUAUUCUCAGGGUCAGGGAUAGAAGAAAAUGGAGCAACCAUACAUUCUGUGUCAACUGUUGCCUUUCCUAGCUUGAAAAGACUGUUUAUGAUUAAUCUACCCAAGAUAAGGCACGUAUGGAGUGAAGAUCCCAAAACGGUUUUCAAUUUUCAAAAUUUGCAAGAAAUACGUGCUAAGAGAUGUGAGAGUUUGAAAAGUUUCUUUCCAACCUCCAUCGUUAGCUGCCUUGAGCAAUUGAAAACACUUUGGAUUGAGGAUUGUGGGGUGGAGGCAAUUGUUGCAGGUGGAGGAGGAGAGCCAGUAGCACAGGUGUUGGUGUUCCCUCGAGUAACUAAUUUGGAACUUACAAAUUUAAAGAGACUCAAGUGGUUUUACAAAGGAGUGCAUGUUUCAAAAUGGCCCAUGUUGGAAAAGAUGUGCAUUGAAGGAUGUGAGAAAGUAGAGAUAUUUGCUUCAGGACUCAAGAGCUUUCAAGAAACAAUUGAAAAGAGGCAGCCUGGAAUGUCCAUUGAACAACCCCUUUUCUUGGUGGAUGAGCAAUCGUUUUCGAGCUUGAAGAGGUUGAUCAUUCGGUACAUGGAUAAGUUGGAAAUUAUAUGGCAAUGGCAGGAUCAAGUCGCCGAGAUUUCUUUUUCCAAUAUUCAAGAUAUGCAGGUUGAUUAUCGUGCAUAGCCGUUGCACGUCUUAAUCUAAUUUUCUUACAACAACAAUAUUGAUGCAAAGUCUGGCUCGUCUACAUAUAGAGGACUGUAUUUCAUUAGAAACUAUAUUUAAAAAUAUGGAGGGGCAUAAUGGCAAAAGACCAGGGACGGAAGAAAAGUGUAGUGAGAGAAGAUGAUAAAGGUAGACAGAUUGAGUUCCCCAUACUAACUGAAAUGAGACUUGCUAGAUUGCCAAAACUCAAGUGGAUUUUGGAAGGGUUGCAUAAUAAUUUGGAAUGGCCUUCAUUGAAACAAUUACGACUGUUGGAAUGUCGUGAACAAGUGAACAUGCAUGAUUUGGGCUUCAAAAUUUCCGAGCAGCAGUAGUAGUGAAGAGAACCAACUCCAGACUUGCAUUCAACAACCCAUUUUUGUCGUUGAGGAGGUUUUGAUUCCUUUAUAUUAAGGCAUCUCAACUGAAUGCAGCAAAGUGCACUCCAAUAGAAACUGAAUGCAUCGGAGUGCACACCAACAGAGCACCAGCGUCACAACCAAAUGCAGCAGAGUGCACACCAACAGAGCACUAGCGUCUGUAAUACUGCUGUGUAGUAAGACAACUGUCAUGUAGUGAGUGGAAAGAAUAUUCUAGUUGUUAUUCUUUUUUAUCUAUAAAUAGGAGAACCUCUUGUAUAAGAAGUAAUGAGAAAAGAAGAGAAGUAUUUGCUGCGGCCUUCUCUGUGUUCUCCC